CCACGAGUUUGUUUUGGAGAGGGGGGGAGAACCGGCAACUCCCCUGGCUCCACGCAACCUGGCAACCGAAGGGCAGCCAAAGGCCCGAGGGCAUAAAGGCUCCAGUGAAACCAGGAAGCAAGUGCUGCUCUUCCCAGGGGAGUCCCUCUCCGGCGCGGGGAUGCAAAUCUUCCCCGGCCUUGGACGGCCUGCUUUGCAUAGAGAGGCCAGGCGUCCUCGGGGGAGUCCCGGCCCGCCGCCUCGGGCAGAUGCGGUGCCUGAUGCUGGAGCAGUCAAGAGCGGGCAAUCCCGGGCGGAGGCGGGAGCGCAUCCCUCCCAACCCGCCUGGAAAGAGAGCCAGCCUCACUCGGAAGACGGAGCCGGCGAGCUCAUCUCGGCCGCCCCCGCGGGCGGCACCGGGCGCUUCUGACUUCCAGCGUCGGGCUCGGCUCCUCUGCAGCCGCCAGCAGCUGCUGCUGCCCCAAGGCUCGCCUGAAGGGCCGCGGCCCCUUCCCUGAACCGGCCACCGCUGGACAAGAGUUGCCCAAGCUGUUCGGCUGCCCUGGAAGGUCGCGUCGAUCAGCGCUCUUGCCCGCUCCCGCAGAGCUCAUUUGCUGGCUGCGAAAGUGCAGUUGCUGCCCGGGGAAGAGAGACCCCCGACGACGCGCUCCCUUCACCGGGGCUGCUCGGCGGGGAGACCAGAGCCCUGUCCUGCCCCGCCAGGCAGCAGCUCCAUAGCGCUUUCGGGGCGCUGCCCGAUUAACGCAGCUGCUUCCGACGGAGUUCCCGAGGGUGCGGCCCCUUCCUUGCACUGAAGGCGGCCUUCUGCCCUGCAGCCUCCCCGCCAUAUCACCGCCCUCAGCGGAGGGUUGCUUGGCCGCCGUUCCCGGGAGGCUCCGGCCUUUCGAGCGCCGUCGCGGGGGGAGGCCUGGGAGGGCGAGGUGAGCGGAGCCGCCGACAGGAGCUCCAGGCCCCGCGUUCCUCCCCCUCCAGCGGCUCCCAACAACCUCGCGAGGCAGGCAGGCCCGUCCCAGCCAACCCCCGGCCACGGGUUCCAUCCGCCCGCCGCGCCUCUUCCGCGGAGACCUUCCAAGACAAGCCCGGAGGGGGGAGAGGCAGCCCUCGCCCUCCAUAAAGAGGCGGCGACGCGCGGACGGGAACACUUCGCCCCCAUGGAGGCGGCCGGCCAGGCGUGAGCGAGCGAGGAGCAGCGCCGCCAGAAGCAGCAGCAGCAGCCAUGGACCUGGACCGACCGCCGCCCAGCGCCCUGCGCUUCUCCGGCUGGGCCGAGCCCCCGCUGCCCUGCGCUCGCGCCGUCGGCCGCGAAGAGCCUCCGGAAAGCGGCUACCUGAGUCUCUGCGGCUGCAGCCUGGAGGGUAGCGGAGAAUCCGGCGGGGGAGGCGACCCCUGGAGCGCCCCCGAGCAGGGCCGAGCGGAGAGGCGGCAGAAAGUUGAGUUCUUCCGCAAGUUGGGCUACUCUUCGCAGGAGGUGCUGGGCGCCCUGCAGAAGCACGGGCCGGAGGCGGACACCAACACCAUCCUGGGGGAGCUGGUCAAGCACGGGGCGGCCCCCGGCGAGAGGGAGAGAGAGCCCGCCCAGCAGGCCGCCCCGGAGGCCCCCGAGCCGCCGGUGCCGCUUCCCAGAGCGCGGCCUGCCCCCAACAGCCCCCCGACCCAGCCGGGGCCUCCGGAGGAGCAGGACGGGGAUCAUCUGCGGCCGAUCGUCAUUGAUGGGAGCAACGUGGCCAUGAGUCAUGGAGACAAAGAUUCCUUCUCCUGCCGAGGCAUCCAGCUGGCUGUGACCUGGUUUCUGGAUCGAGGACACAAGGAUGUCACGGUCUUCGUCCCAUCUUGGAGAAAAGAGCAUUCACGCUCUGAUGUCGCCAUUACAGACCAGCACAUCCUCCAUGACCUCGAGAAGAAGAACAUCCUUGUCUUCACUCCUUCCCGGCGAGUGGCAGGCAAGCGAGUGGUCUGCUACGAUGACCGCUUCAUUGUGAAGCUAGCCUGGGAGUCGGACGGCAUUGUGGUAUCCAACGAUGUCUACCGGGACCUGCAAGCAGAACGGGCAGAGUGGAAGAAGUUCAUUGAAGAACGCUUGCUGAUGUAUUCCUUUGUCAAUGACAAGUUCAUGCCUCCCGAUGACCCCUUGGGGCGCCAUGGACCCAGCCUGGAUAACUUCCUGAGGAAGACGCCAGCAGUGCCCGAGCACAAGAGGCAGCAGUGCCCAUACGGCAAGAAGUGCACCUAUGGCAUCAAGUGUAAGUUCUACCACCCUGAGCGGCCGCACCAACUGCAGCGCUCCGUUGCCGAUGAGCUCCGGGCCAACGCCGGGCUCUCCCCCACCAGGACUGCACCAGCCACCAAGGAGGAGAGGAGGAGCUGGAGGCCCCCCCAUGGGGAGUUCUGGGGUUCUGUACCUGCAGAGAGUGAGAAAGUCCCCCUGCAGAAGGCCUUGGCUGAGAAGACGAGCUCUGCCCCUCUCAUUAGACAUGGUGAUGUGCCACCCUUCUUCCUCGGUGCCCAUGGCAUCCCAGCCCGGAAGAGCCACGGUUAUAGGAGUUUAGAUCAGUACCAGCUGCCUCCCAGGGACUCCCUUGCCCAUGUCUCUCAAGACCACCUUGACUCGGGCCUUGGCUCCCUUGAGAAUCAGCUCUCUGAAAUGUGGCCCAGCCCCUCGGCUAGCCCUGUCAAGUGGGCCCAGCAAGAGCCACUUGGGGAGAGCAGCUGCAGGGGGCAGGGGCCUGCUUAUCGGGUUCCUCCUGGCCCGGAAUCCAGGAGCUACAGCCAGUACCGGCCUCAGAGCUUCCUGCCAACCCCAUCUGAACAGGUCACUCCUCACUCCUUUCCUGGCUAUGAUGUGGCCUCCAGUGCUUCUCUGGGCCCUAGGCGCAAGUACUGGUCCGAGCCAUAUCAUCCAGGGCCUGCAGUGCGCCAAGACGUGUCGAGAGCUCCCUGCCUGGCCUACAAGGACUCCUCACACCAUUGGGCCUCCCCAGACAGUUUUGCAGAAGAGCGUGCAAAGGUACACGUCAAGCUUUGUGGGAUCUUCCAUCCUCAUCUGGUGGAGACUGUCAUGAACCGCUUCCCACACCUCUUGGAGCCACAGCAGCUGGCUGCUGAAAUCCUCACAUACAAGACUCAACACCUUGGGGUGUGACACAGCUGGAGGAGGGAAGCCCAACUCCUGGGGGGGGGGGGGCAAAACAUCCUUUUCUGCCUGCAGUUUGGACCCUCAUCCAGCGGCCACUCAUGGAGGGCAGGCACCAGGAUUGUAGGGGGCUCAGGUGGGAUGGAAAGGUCUGCCUCAAGCAAUCCAAGAAACUGGCCCAGGAACCACAAUGCUGAGCCAUUUUCUCGUGCUGCAUGAAGGCUGGCUGACUGGUUUAUGCCAGGCAGAAGGCAGGCAGCACGGCCUUGCUGGCCGUGAGUGUGUCUCUUGCUCCUAACCAUGUGGCUGCUCCGAAGAGGUUGAUUUGGAAAGGAAGAUGGUGUGAGUCCCAAGCUUUCUGGCUAUGGCACAGCCAGGACUGGAGUGGGGCAGAGAAGAAGAGGUUAUGAUUUACAACCAUAGCCCUUCCCCAAAUGGCUGCAGGGAGAUGCAGCCGGUCCCAAAAGAAAUCGCAGGGAGAAAAAAGUUCCAGGGCCUGCAGAAUGAACUGUGAGGAAUGAAUGGAAUCUGACUUGCAUCCUAACUGCGCUGCUUCCAGGUGGCCGAGACAUGCUUCCUUCCUCAGCCCAAGGCAGACAGCAGAAUGAUGGUUUCUCCUCGUAUCUGUACCCCAAGAGUUUGAUGUUUGUGGAAAAGAAGCUGGCCAGGACAAUGACUUGCCAGGAGGGGAAUUCUGGAAGGGCUUCCUGCCUCUCUCUGUCGAUGUGGUUGUCCUAGUGGUCUCCUUUCCCUUGGUUUGGAACCUCCUUGGAUUGUGAAGCAUAACAUUUGUUUCAAGCCAAAUACCAACUGUCAUUUCAGUUGCCCAAAGUUCUGUGUUGCUUCCAGAGUAAGAUUUGAACACAACUAAGCCCUCCAUGUCAUUUCCUCUCUUCUGGGAACAAACCUGCAUCCCUCCUCCUCCUUCAGUGCUGCUGGCGGCAGGCAAGUCCUGCCAUGCGGGCACCUGCACCUCUUCCCGGAGUGUUCUGGCAAGUGCCCUGAGAUGGAGCAGUGAAAAUGCUCCAUGGAGCAUCUUAGCAAUGUUAACAUCAUAAUCAAGUUUAUAUCUAAAGCUCAGAUGUCACAAAUCCCAAGGCUAAAUGCAAAAUGCAUUAAUGUGAAACCAGGAGGGUCUCCAGAAAAGGGACUUGCUUAGAUCAACUGUUGGGGAGCCUUUAGUGCCCAGCUGUUUUGGGCAACUUGCUUGUCUGCUGACAGAAGACAACUCCACCACUUUCUUGGUGGCUGUAGAAAGACCCACUGGAAACCUGACCAGGGCGGGGGGCGGGGUGCAUGGUUAGCUAAUCCUUUUCUAUCAUAACUCAGUCUUGAGGAUUGGUAAGUCCAAUACGGGCAGUUAUAGAUCCUUCGGUAAUGAAUUUGCAACGAUUGUUCCUGGUCCUGCCCCCUUCAGAACAAGGUUCACUUGCAGGCCAGGAUCAGUUGAUCGGUUGAUGCACAUUGCAUCUAUCUCUCGAGUGGUUCUUUGGAGUGGUUGAUGCUGAAGUCAUCCUGGGGGCUGCUGCCUGGAGGAGCAGCAGGGCAAGAAGCCCCUGUGGGCAGCUGGCAAUGCCACCAGGCCUUGCUGCUCUCCUUGCCAGGAGCCCUGGAAAUCGGUCAGCCAUGCCAGCACUGUGUGCUCAGGCGGCCACAUGGCCAAAGAAACCCUGUUUGUAUCUGGUUAAUUAUGAUCCAUCACAGAAGUGUGGUGCUUCACGUUAGUAAGCAAAAUGCUUUUUAGUAAUCAUUUAUAAUCUUACAACUUUGCACUUGUAAAUUACAAGAGCCAUAGUUUUUAAUGAAAUGCUUUCUGAGCUGAGGCUGCUUUGGUGAUGGUUGGUCUUCCUUUAUUCUGCCUUAGGCAGAGAUGCAAUCAAGUAAAAAAAUAAACCAACCUUGAACCUCA